CGGAUCGUAAAAAGUAAAGGGCUCCUCGUGACACAAGACUUUAAAUACCGGUGGACGGGCUAGAAAAUAAAAGGACAUUGAACAUAUAUUUAAAUACAUUUUUUUAAAUUACCCUAGAAUAAGAAUAAAUAUAUACGUAUAUCUUAUUCGGUCUUUUUUCGUAUAUCAAAAUAUCGAGUAAUUUAAAUAAAAAAGUAAACGCUCGUACAUUACUACUAGCCGGCUAACGUUGACUGUCGUCGAAUUCGGAUAUUAAUCGAGUAAAUAUUUCAACAGUUACAUUACAAAUUGAGUUGAAAGUAAGAUCGCUACUACUGCUCCGACGAGGAUCCAUACAUUUGUACGCUUAUUUAUUACUAAACAAUCUUAAAACGUUCCGAACUUAUUUAUUAUUGUAACAAUAGUAACCUACUGUAAUUUAAAAGAAAAAGACGUAAAAUUCAAAACGAUAAACGCCGAUUCAACAAUUAUUUACUAACGACGGAUAAUAUUUGAAGCGAAGAAAAAAAGUUGAUUAAUUGAACGUCAAUUAUCGCGAACCGACCGAUCGAGAAGAUUUUAAAAGGAUAUUUGAAAAUAAUAAAUCUACAAGUGAGUGUGUGUGGAUAAAGAGAGGAAAGAUAAAAAGAGAAAUAAUUAAAACUUGUCACCUAAAAUUACACCGCUGUUACGAUAAUCAUUAUAAUUAACGACGUAAUACCUAAUUGCACACAUAUUGUCGGUAGUGCUUAUGUAAAUAAUAUCCGUCAAUUUGAAACAUAGGUGAGUGUGCCACGCUCGUUAUAAGAAAAUAAGAAGAAGAAAAAGAAGAAGAAGAAUUAACUAGGAGAAGCCAAACGAAAAAAGUUUUGUUGGUAUUUUUCAACAUAUACCAAUAGUAGAAUCUAUAUUCUGUGAGUUGUGUGCGGUGCGCGUUGUGUCGCGUCGUCGACUUGGUGUGUUUCUGCUUCUUCUUCCUAGUCCCUAUUUUUCUCUCUCUUUUUUCCCCUCUCUAUUCUCUCUCCUCUCUCUCUCUCUCUUUGCGUAGUAGUCGUUCGUCGUUCAGUGAACCUCUUUUUGGCUCAACACACGUCUCUUGCUGAGUAACCAGCAGCACGUACCGUCUCAACUGUUACCGCACUUCAGCCAUUAGAGUGUUUCAUUGAAGAAGAAUCGUUAUACGUGUUGAAUUAACGUCGUAAAACUUCGGAGAGAGAGAGAUAUAUCGAUAAAUCAUAUAAAAUCAAACGCGUAGAAAGAGUGGUGUGUCUACGAACUGAUCGGUUAUCAACCCCCCUCGAAACUAGAGUAAUACCAACGACGACGAUAACAGCUUUAAACGAAAAAAAAAAGUUGCGGAAAAAGUGGAACUAUAUCGAGGGGAGAAAUAUGGAUCUUCUGUGCUGCGAAACAACGGAAACCGAGAGUAGGGCAUACGCUGAUCCGGCACUUCUCAAAGAUGACCGGGUGCUACAAAAUCUCCUCAAAAGCGAAGAGAGAUACGCACCGAGUAGCUCCUACUUCGAGUGCGUCCAGAGAAACAUAUCGCCGUUAAUGAGGAAAAUUGUCGCCGAAUGGAUGCUCGAGGUUUGCGAGGUUCAAAAAUGCCAGGAAGAGGUAUUCCCACUCUCUAUGAACUACGUGGACAGAUUUCUUUCGAUCUGUCCGAUCAGGAAAUCGCAACUUCAGCUAUUAGGAACGGCUUGUCUUCUCCUCUCAUCUAAACUGAGGGAACCCAGGCCGCUGUCUGCAGAAGUUCUCGUUUUUUACACCGACAACUCCAUCACUUUGGACGAUCUUUGGCGAUGGGAACAACUGGUAGUGUCGAAGCUCAAAUGGGAGUUAUCGGCGGUGACGCCCGGUGAUUUUCUUUUACACAUCCUCAGCCGUUUACCGGUAGAUCCACGCACCUGGGAUUCUCACAUGAUCCGGAGACACGCGCAGACCUUCAUCGCCCUGAGUGCGAGAGAAUAUAAAUUCUCAAUGUACACGCCUAGUAUGAUCGCGGCAGCGAGCGUCGCGGCGGCACUACACGGUCUCGAUUGGACGGGUAAAAGCGGUUACGGACUACCCGGUCUCCUCGACGAGUUGACCCGCAUCACAGCUAUCGAACAGGAUUAUCUGAGAGGCUGUUUGGAACAGAUAGAAGAAAUGGUUUCGUCACAGGCGAAGGGAAACGGUCACACGACGACUAAUUCCGGAAGUAUCGGCGGGGGGCCUCCUCAACGGCCGAUGGGGGACCAGAACACGGGGCAGGAAAAAAUUCUGGAACACGGGAAAGCGGGGACGCCGACUGACGUAAGAGACGUUCACUUCUAGCCUGUGACGGCGUAGAAUCACAAGGGGAUGAAAUGGAAAUUAAGUGGAGUAUGAAUGGGAGGAACGGUGAACCAAGAACCUACGCAAGAGAAUGAGAGAAAAUAUUGAGAGGAAACAGAAGAUUGAAAAAGAUAAUUGGGAAAAGGAGGAGAUUCGUUCGGAAUACGAAUCGCAACGUUUUAUACUUUUUUACCGGAGAACUCUGGAGAGUGGUUCUCUUCGUUCUGACUGAUGAUAUUGGAGCGGUGACCGAUCGACGGAAUGAAAGGAGCGGACGAAAAUUCGUUUGGAAUUUCGAAUUUUAACAGAAUUUUUCCAAAGAUGAAAUAGAUAAACUUCGAAGAGAGAAAAACGACGAGAAGGAAAGCAACGAGAGAAAAUAACAAACAAAUGAUUCGAAACAAAAAAGGAAAAAUAUAUAAUAUACAUAUGUCGAUGAGGUGAACGAAUUAAACAAUUGAAUAAUUAAGCAACACACGAUCGUAAUCCCGAAUAAUUGGGAGAAUUUUAAUUUAUCUCGCCGUUCGUACGCGUCAUAAUCGCUGGCAAAGUCAACUAUAAGUGAAGGAAAAAGUCCUGUUGAGGAAUGAUUGAAUCUGUCUCCGGAGCGAAGAGAGGUUGAAUUUUAGUUUGAGUGUCUGCGAAUUUUCGCAGUAGCGCAAGUGUUUGAUAGAUAUGGGAGAGGCGCAAGAGGGGGACAGGCGUGCUGGGGGAAGGCAAUGCAAUACGCUUUACGCAUUAUUACUAAGAAAACUUAAUUUUUAGCUGAUGAUACUAUUACGUUAUAAAAACAAAAAAACAAAAAAACACAAAACUAAACUAAACAAUUCAAAAAAUAAAUAUAGUCAUAUCGAGUCAUAUAGCGUUUGUACAUACGUUUAAAGAAACAACGAAUAGGUAGUUUUAUAUUAUGUAUUAUUAAUAAUAUUUACGUGAGUAACUCUUCAUUUUAAUCCAAUUUUUUUUUCCUCCUUUUUCGUUCUCUAUGACCGUAACAAUUUUCAUUUCAAUAUACAAGUUUUUCUAUCCUAGCCGAGUUUUUUUUCCCCCUUCGUUCACUUUCAAUAACUUUUGCGAAUAAAAACGAAAAACAUGAAGAAAAAGUCACGUUGAUUUAAAAUAAAAAAAAUGAAUAAAAAUUAGUUUUUAUAUAUCGUAUUAAGCUAUGUUUAUCAUAAUAUAUUCGGGGAAAAAGAAAAAACAAAAAAGAUUAAUAUUACGUUCGAUUUUGAUAUCGUGUAAAUAGCUAGGCUGUUAAGAAACAUAGUAAUUCACUCUAUAACGAUUUAUGAAUAAAUGAUUUCGAAAUUUAAGCAUGUAAGUUUAUUCAGUAAAGAAUAGAGCGAGUAAUGAGUAAUAAGCGAGGAUAAGAAAUAGAUAAAAGAUAUAAAGUAACCAGAUAAGCAUGUGUAAGAAAGUAAGUAAAUUAGUUAGUUAAUAACUGUAAGCGAGUAAAAAAAUUAAAAAACAGAAAAGUUGGUAGGUUGAGAACGUAUUAGAAAGAAAAGUAAGACUGUGCUGUUGUUAUGGUGCGUUGGAUCGUUAAACGAGAGAUUUAGAAUGAUUUUAAUGAAAAAAAUAAAAAUAAAAAGGUUGAAAAAAAAUCUAUAAAAUAUAAAGAAAAUUGGAAAGAGGAGAGGUGGCAGUACUUAAUAUUGAAUUCGAUCCCAUGCCAGGAGCAGCACACCACGGACUACUAAAGCCACGCUAACUAGUUAAACAGCGAAUUUUACGCUGUCGUAACCAAAUGUAGUACAACUUAUAUAGAUCGCGAAUAACAUUAAAAAAAAAACGAAGAAAAUAGUUAACAGUUAACGAGAAUGCAGGAAAUAUGCGAAAAUAAGGAAUAUAAAAACUGUUAUAAUCGAAAAACAAUCAUAGUAGCAGCGCAUUUGCGGUUUUAUCUGUUCACAUAGGUAGUUUGUUUUAUUUAAUUUAUAUCUACGUACAGCUGCCAAUCAUUACAACUGUUUUUGAAACAAACACUACAAUGUUACCGAUUAACAACUAUACUCCACGUACAACUACUACUACUACUACCACUAUCGCUUCCACCACCACUGCCACUACUAUUACUGCUACUCCUAUGGCUAAUGCUGCUGCUGCUACAAAGCCGAUAAAUGCUUAAAGUCGAAAAACAACAAGAAAAAAAUACCUACUACCACGCUACUACUAUUAUGCUAUAAGUAUACUAUACACAGACAUUAAUUAUAAUUAAAAUAUCCUGUAAUUUAAUGAAACUAUGAGACCACCGGAAUCUAUGUUCCACGUUGCUGUCUCCCUGUGCCUUAGUUAGUUUUAGAUUACAAACGAAGUAGCUCGAGUUACAUACAUAUAUUAAUAAAUAAAAACUCAAAAUCAGUGUAGCUGGUAUACACCACACAUCUGGCAUGUAUACACCACGCGUAGACACAAGCACACAUUUAUUAUUGUUUUUGUUCCCUGCACGUAUCUAUAAUAGAUGAAUAGAUAUGGAGAUAUGAUUGAGAAUUGUUUUCGGACAGGAAAGAGUGAAAACGAAAGAGAAAAAGAGAGAGCUGCUUCGAUCGAAAAAUGAGACUGCCAAACCAAGUAAUGUUAGAGAAUGUCCUUUGUGUUGUGUGUGUACUUCUAGCCUAUAUUCUGUAUAAUAAUUGUAAUAAUCAUAAUAUUUGUGUGAUUUUGCACCUGUGCCUUGACUAAAUUUACGAAAUAUUUCUUUUUUCUGACAGCGUACGUUAUUCUUUGAUUUCUUUUUUUCCUCGUCAUUUUUUCAUUCUAAUUUUGUUAUUAUUUUUGUUUUUGAUUUCUCCGAACACACACAUACACACAGUUAACAAACAAACAUACAAACAAUAACAACAAUUGUUCAUUAUUAUGCGAUACAGUAUAAAAUCUACAUCUAAUAUUAUGGUAUAAAAUACACAAUUUAUGAUUAAUUAUUAUUUGUGGAAAGCGUGUUGUUAAUUAUUGAUGGCAACGUGGACGAUGCUUUCGUUGGUUAUACAGACAUAUAUUAUUAUACAGACAUCGUCGUAAUAUUGAGACUAAAAUAUUUUUUGCACUCGCGGAUCGCGCGCCUGCAAAGCGGAUACAAAAUUUAUACAUGAAACAAUGAUUUUUUUCCUUCUUUUUUUUUUUCUUUCUUUCACGUAAUUUGAUUCGAACAUUUUUUUAAUAUUUUCGGCAGCGAUCCGUGGCGGAUGUAUAACUUUUUGAAUAACGUUCAAUAGAUUAUAUGUAUAAAUAGUAUUGUAAUACUAUCCUACUUCGUCUAUAUGUAUAGCAUAUAUUAUGUUCAAGUCCGAAACGCAUUUCAAUUGAAUUAUUAUUGAAACUUUUGUGUAAAUUAAUUGAAACGCAUGCUGCAAAAACAAAAAAAUGUCCCAAUACCGUUUAUUCGUUGUCUGAUUCAAAUUUGCAAACAAUUUACCAAGAAAAAUUGAAAAAAAAAUUCGUCAAGUCGCAAGCUUUGGUCAAUUGUUAUAAAAAAAAAUCUAAAAUACAGUCUUUUACUACCAGUCAUUUGAAUGCAACAGUUCCGAUCUAGGAAUCAUCUAUCACCUACAAGAUUAGUAAAGAGGGUUGCAAAAAAAAAUUGUAAUAGGACAACUUCCUACAAAGCACAUUACGUUCUGAUAAACGUUAAAAUUACAUUACAACGGUUAGAAGAAUACGAUUUAAAGGCAAUAGCUGGACCACUGAUAUACCUCAGAUCACACGCAUGAAACACAAUUUCCCUAUUGACCAUAGUUAUAGCUCUCGAAAAACAUGUGCGCUAAUUUUUUAAUUACAUAUAUUAUUAUUACUAUUACUAUUACUUUUAUCAUUAUUAUUAAUAAUUUCCACUUAUAUUAUGUAAAUGUCACCCUUUGUACAUAUCUUGUUUGCGUUGCACGGCGCAAGAAAGUCGAUUGAAAAUAAAGUAUUUGUAUUUUAUACAAGUUACGAUGACAAUCUUA